ACUGCGGACGGCGCAGGAUCUAAAACCGUGCUAGGCGCUGCUCUCCACGCUCGCUCGCGCUCCGCUCGCUCUUCUCUUACCCGUGUGAUCUACCCGGUUGCUUUUUCGUGGGGGAAACCUGAAACACGCAUAUCCCCGUGGCUGCCUACGACCCGCUGCGCGCCCGCUUACGUGUAACACACUACGAACGAACUUCUCUACCACCUUUUCUGUCCGCCGGAGUUACGAGUGCCACACGCAGUAGUAGUCACGGUCAGGGAGGAGGGUCGCCCGCCGUCUCGCGGACAGCUCUCGCUGCGGUCUCCUCUCUCGACUCGCGUCCGUUAGUUCGUUCGUUACGGUGAUACCACCCGUAGUACAUCCCGUCGUCAAUAGUAAACGUGUCGAAUCGUGUCGCGUGGUGUUACAUCGCACUUUGUUGUCGUUUGUUGGUUCCUUCUGCUUACAUACGCGUUUGAAUCCUAUUUACCUCUCUCUCUCUCUCUCUCUCUCUCUGUCACACACACACACACACACACAUUCUGUCUCUCUCUCUCUCUCUCUCUCUCUCUCUCGUUCACUCACUCGCUCGCGCGCGCUCCCCCCCGCCCCCCUCUUCUCAGUCUCUCGUGCAAUCGGUAGUUCCCGCAACAUAACCCCCCCGGUUCACGCGCGUGAUAUCGCUUCGAAAAACCGGCGCGGCAACCUCGGAGAUACGUAUAUCGCAGCAUUGUCGCAACAGCGGUGGCAACGUCGCCGCGCCGCUGUGUGUGUCGCGCGCGCGUCUUCGCGCGAAUUGGCGCGCGCUCGCUCGUUCGUUCGUUCGUCGCGUAACCUCGCCGGAGUAUCGUCCGCCCGAGGCUCGAGCACAAGAUCGGUUGACUGUGCGACGGUGGUGAUAUCUCGUCAUCAGUGCUCUCUCGUGCGUGCGUGCGUGCGCGCGCGCGCGCGCGCGCCAUUGACGCCCGUCGUCGAUCGUCGGCGGGGCGUCAUCGUGGCUUCCACAUUCUCGUGCUGUAAUACGGUGCCGUUAACUGGAGGAUGUAACGUGUUCUCAGUCAGUGACAUCGUCGGUGAUCAUCGGUUGUUCAUGUGCUACGACGCGCAGUGAUAGAACGGCAAUACAGGAGACGUAUGUGAAUGUGCGAAGUACACGGAGAGUGGACGGCGAGAAAACACGACACGGCCACCUUUCUUCGACUUUUCCUCCGGAAGCCACCGACCAGGGGAAGACCGCGCGCCGUCUCGAUGCGGCGCGUCCGGCUCGCAGGCCUCGCGAUCGAACGCAGCUCGCGCGCGAACGCGCGCUAAAUGCAUCCCCGACGACGCCGUGUUGCCUGCCGUCGUCGAGAGAAGAAUCGUUCGCGGGGGACGGAGGAGCUCGUCGUCGGACGUCCUCCCAGCCGGCGUAAUCCCAGCUCCGCCGCGACAUAAGGACAGACAGGUGCGCCGCCGACGCCGACGCCGACGCCGCCGCCGACGACGACGACGACGACGACACGUGGCUUCCCGCGCUAGAUAUGCGGCAUUGACGAGUGCUGCGGGGUUACUCUCUCCAGCGAGACUUUGCUUCGUGAGUGCGCUAAGCAGCGCGCGUACCUUUUACGUCCGAGACGAGGACGUGUUGCCGCGACCUACGACGAUGAUAAUGAGGAAGCACCACGCGUGUCCGCUCGCAGACGUCGUCGCCGCCGUCGUGAUUCUGCUGCUGUCGCGACAGCGCGCCGUGCUCUGCUGACGCUUGUUCGCGACGUUUGUCCGUAACGUUCUGCGUGGGUUGUUUAGCUGAGGGAGGAGAGAGAGAGAGAGAGAGAGAGGGGGAGAGAGAGAGAGAGAGAAAGAGAGAGAGAGUGAGACGUCGUCGGUGUGCAAAUACCAAGCGGAGAGUAACUUGGAAGUUGGGAAGUAGAAAGGAAUAGGGAGAGAGGCAGAGAGAGAGAGAGAGAGAGAGAGAGAGAGAGACACACCCCUACACAAAUCGAGGAAACCCAAGUGAGAGCCGCGCCAUUGUGACAUUCAUUUCCAAGGGAAAAGAAGGAAAAGAAAAAACAGUAACAACAAUACGAAACUUCGUUCAUCUUUUGAUCUGCCGACGGCUACCGACGCAUGCAGAUUCCAAUCUCGCUCCUUGUUCUACGUAGAAAACUACGUUGAAUUUCUGUGUGAAAGUCCUGGCGUCACGCAGCGCGUCGAAGCGUUUUUAGGCGCUUCUAACACGCGUUCAGCAGUGUCGACAAAGUGUGGUGAAGUGUCGAGAGGCUUGCUUUCUUACACUGUGGGAAAAUACAGCCGCUACGGUGGCUCAGCACGCAGAGUUCCCCGGCGCGGCCAGGGCGUUCAUGGCGCAGCCAAGGUACGAUGAUGGCGGGCUGCACGGGGGUUACCUCGAGGGCGGAGGUGGCGGUGGUGGCGCAGGGCUCUACGACCCACACGGUAGUGCCCGCGGUGUACCCGGUCUUCAUCACAGUCCACACCUCGGGGGAAUGGGUCCGGCUCACCCCCAGUACCCACCGCCCCCGCCUCAGCCGCCCCAGCACGUUCUCGCGGCGGCAGCUGCGGCCGCGGCCUCCGCGGUCCCGGAUGUUCACAAGCGCGACAAGGACGCCAUAUACGGACAUCCCCUGUUCCCGCUGCUCGCGCUCAUAUUCGAAAAGUGCGAACUGGCGACGUGUACACCACGCGAACCUGGUGUAGCUGGCGGAGAUGUCUGUUCGUCCGAGAGCUUCAACGAGGAUAUCGCCGUAUUUUCAAAACAGAUCAGACAAGAGAAGCCGUAUUACAUCGCGGACCCGGAGGUGGACUCGCUAAUGGUUCAGGCGAUUCAGGUCCUCCGGUUUCACCUCCUCGAGCUCGAAAAGGUACAUGAGCUCUGCGACAAUUUCUGCCAUCGGUACAUCAGCUGUUUGAAGGGCAAGAUGCCGAUAGACCUAGUAAUCGACGACCGAGAGAGCUCGAAGCCACCCGAGUUGGGUAACGGUCUGGACGGCAGCGGACCUAGGAGCACCGCUGACAGCACCAGCCACACGGACGGAGCCAGCACGCCGGACGUCAGGCCACCUUCCUCGUCGCUCUCGUAUCCGGGCGCGGGUGCCAACGAUGAUGCACGUAGUCCUGGAAGUGGUGGCACACCCGGACCCCUCAGCCAGCAAGCACCGGCUAGCCUCGACUCAUCGGAUCCUGAUGCCAUGGGCAAAUGGUGUCCGCGUAGAGAAUGGAGUUCGCCACCUGACGCGCAACGCGCGGCGAGCGACGCGCGUCGUGGCGUUCUUUAUUCGUCCGUCUUCCUCGGCAGUCCCGCAGGUGACGCGAGUAACGCGAGUAUCGGUAGUGGCGAGGGCACGGGCGAGGAGGACGACGACUCGUCGGGCAAGAAGAACCAAAAGAAGCGAGGAAUCUUCCCCAAGGUCGCGACCAACAUCCUCAGGGCGUGGCUGUUCCAGCAUCUCACGGUGAGUACCUUCUUCAUCAUACAGUGCGCCGACGACGUUCCUGUCUACGAAACGCCUCCGGAAAAGCGUCUCUCGCGACGUCGCAGGAACAGAUUAUCACUCGUCGCAACUCGCGGCGGCGGACGAAGGAGAAGAAGCGAUCACGACGCGGCCGUCCGCGGUCGAAGCCCCAAUUUUGGCUCGUUAAGCCAAAAUUAAAGCCAUCGGGAAGUUUCGAAACCGUCGUAGCCCGUCGUCGA